AUGAGGGGUAAUUUGACCAUUCCCGCUGUUACAGGGGGUAAGAAACCUUUCAGGUUCUUUAAAAUGUGGCAGACACAUCCUCAGUAUAUGGAUAUUAUUACUCAGGCUUGGCAACAGACUCAAAGUGGAACUAAAAUGUUCUUACUGGUUAAGAAGUUGAAAGCAGUCAAGGGUGAACUAAAGAAGUUGAAUAGAGAGAGAUUUGGUGACAUUGCAGCUCAGGAUGCUAAAGCUUAUCUGGCUUUUCAAGUUCUUCAGGAUGCCUUACAUGCUGACCCCUCUAAUGAAGACAUUGCUAAUAGGGAGAGAGAGGCUCAGACUGAGUACUUAAGUGCUCAUAAGACUUAUAUGCAAUUUUUAGCUCAAAAAGCUAAAAGUGAAUGGCUGAAGGAGGGGGAUGAGAACACUAGCUUCUUUCAUCAAGCAAUCAAGCAAAGACACAUUCAGAAUUCCAUUUUCCAUAAAAGACAUGCAUGGAAACUGACUAGAAUAAAACUCAAGCAAUCAGUGGUAGAUAAUGGGCCCUUGCUAGAUGAUGUGAUGAAGGGCCAGCUAAAUGCUACAUAUACAAAGGAGGAGAUCAAAGCUGCAAUGUGGGCAAUUGAUGGAGGGAAGGCCCCUGGACCUAAUGGUUUUGGUAGUUCCUUUUUCAAAGGUGCAUGGGAGAUAGUAGGUGAUGAGGUUUACAAUGCUGUGCUGGAUUUCCUUAAUACAGGGAAGCUCUUGAAAGAAAUAAAUGCUACCGGCAUCACCCUCAUACCUAAGGGCAAAUGUGCUGAAAGUGUUAAAGAUUUUAGGCCCAUCUCUUGUUGUAAUGCAAUCUACAAGUGCAUUUCAAAAAGUGUUAUGUGCCAGACUUAG